AGAAAUUGUACAUCGCCUGGAUCUGAUAUUUGUUUAAUAACUUUAAAGUAUGACUAAAAAUUAAAUUUAAGCGCCGCGCUAAAAGCUUUUAUUAGUUAUCGAUAGUUGUUCAGAUUAAGCUCUUCAGCUUCUUCCCCGGUUACACCUGUUGCUGCCGUUGCCGAUAAGCGAGAUCUGCAGCUUUUCGAUCAGUCGACGACGGGCAGUUAUCAGUAAAGCAUAAUAACUAUUUGAGCGAAUGUAAAAAUUGUUACGCUAAAAGAUUUGUCUAAUUUGCAUAAAGUUCGUUAGAAUUGCGCAGCACACAUGUCGGAAUCCAGACCAAGUCCGUGGUGUGGACGAGGCGACAAGCAGCGGGAAUUUGCCAAGCACCAGCCCAUCAUAUGCUAUGAUAAGCCGGCGGCAGCUAUCGUGUCCAAGGACGAAUACGAUGAUAAACGCUAUCAGGCCUUGACUGGCGAGCUGGUGGAGACAUUGGUGGUGCCGAAGCGCGAGGCGCGCACCUGGACCAUGCAGACGGGUGAUCUGUGCCGCAUUACCGUACAUGAGGGCGCCCAGGUGGGCGAUGUCAACUUGUGGAAUUUGGAAAAUCGGCAAGAGCGCUUCUAUUCGGGCAAGACGCGCCAGCUGCACGCAGCCCAUCUGCAGGUGUACGACAGACUCUGGAGCUGCCUGCCCUACCUGCGUCCCAUGGCCACCUUCGUGUUCGACACCCUGGCCAAGUAUGGCAUCGACGAGGAUGGCGGCGCUCUGCAUGAUGUGAUCGGCACCCGCUGCGAUGACUAUACAUAUAAACUCAUAACCGGGCAGGAGCGUGUGGGCAGCUGCCACAGCUCCCUUGUCAAGGCGGUGGUGGAGGAGCGCGGCAUGACCGAGCAGGAUGUGCACGAUGUGUGGAACAUAUUCAUGUGCACCGGCUUCACCAAAGAUACGCAACAGUACUUCUGCAAGCCCAGUCCCGCCCAGAAGGGUGACUUUAUUGAGUUCAUAGCCGAUAUGAAUUUAUUGGUGGCUCUCAGUGCCUGCCCCCAGGGCGAUGUUUCCAUACCGGUGGGUGCCGCAGUGCCCGAUGAGAAGUGUCAUCCAUUAAAGGUUGAAGUAUUUCGCCGGAAAUAAUGGCAAAUAUAUCUAAAUAUGUGUGAUACAUACAUGUAAUUAAAUAUGGAUCCUUGAAGACGAAUCAAAUAAAUA